GAUUCAAUACAAAGGACAUCUUCUGGUGGCAAAUUGGCGCAGUCUGUUAUAAUACAAAGGCUUGAUGAUACAAAUGAGCAUGUUCAAGCUACUUUGCUGGAGCUUAUAGUUGCAAAAGAACUCAAGAUAUCCAAUGCCCGUUACACUGUACCAAAGCCAUACUUUAUAGUUAUUGUAGUUUUACCUCAAAACUACAAACGCACCAAUACGUCGUCUCAACUGGAAAUUAAGGCUUUGGCGGCCCAAGUGUCGCACGUUCAUAUCAAUAUCGAUAUCACACGUUACAUACGCGAUAUAGUGGUCGGGAUCCGGACACAUCCGCUUGUGCAAGGCGGGCUUACCGCCAGAUCAUCACAGGAGUUUGUCAUAGUGACCAAGUAA